AUUAAUGGAAUUAAAUUCUCCCACUUUGGGCGCUGGAUCUGAUCUUCCAAAACCCGCCCCACGAAAUAUACAAUCUAGACCAAUUCUACGGAUCACCCCACAAAUCUACUGUAAUAUAGACGUUGUACCUCGAACAUAUAAAACUAGACACGGCUAAAAAAUGUUGUUAAAUGCCAAAGCUGCUAUUUCGACAUCUACGGUGCUUUUAGUGCCCUAUUCCAAAUGGCACGUCCCCCGCUACCAUGAAUGGAUGAAAGAUGAGGAAAUCCAAGAAGCAACAGCCUCAGAACCACUCUCUCUAGAAGAAGAAUACGCCAUGCAAGAAAGCUGGCGCCAAGAUCCGGACAAACUAACCUUCAUUGUGUGCCAGCCCUCCCCCACAGGAACGGGGGGCUCCCCACUCCGCGAUGAAGAUGACAGCUCCGAGCGGAUGAUCGGGGACGUGAAUCUCUUCCUCCGGGUUGACGACGGCGAGGAAGGGAACGCGGAGCCCCAGAUCAUCGGCGAGAUUGAGCUCAUGAUCGCUGAGAAGAGCAAUCAGCGGAAGGGGUACGGGAAGGCCACGCUGCUCGCUUUUCUGCGAUACAUCGCUGAUCAUGAAGCGGAGAUUUUGGAGGAGUUUGUGAGAGGGGAUCCGGCUGCUGCCAAGGCUCUAGGGGAGGAGGCUGGCGUUAGUAGUAGUGGGUGGAGGUUCUCGUGUCUUAGUGUUAAGAUUGGGCAGGGGAAUGGGCGCAGUUUGGGCUUGUUUGAGGGCGCGGGGUUUCGGAAGGUGUCGGAGGAGGCGAACUAUUUUGGGGAAUUUGAGCUCAGGAGGAUGGAUUUGAGUCGGAAGACUGUGGAUCAGGGUCUGGAGAGGGCGGGGGUUGAGGGUUAUGUUGAGUUGGAGUAUAGUAAGUCGGCGUCCGUAGUGUGAUUCUUUU